GUGGUGGUCGCAUCGAUAUCUGAUACAUUGUACGUACACACAUGCAUAUUUCUGUACAUGGUACAACGCAGUAAAAGCAAUAUCGUCGAUAAUUGACAGUGAGAGCGCUUGGUAAACAAUACAGCUGUGAAAUUUGAAGUCUGUUUUUAUUUUUGUUGAUUUUCUUGUAAACAAAAUAAUUUCAAGUGUUAAUAGUUUGUUUUAGCAAACCAAAUUAUUUCAAUGACAUGUCCGCCCUACAUAAAGGCACUUCCGACAAACUACAUGUAAUUGACAGGAAAACCUUCGAAAAUAUAAAGCAAAACCAAAACACUGAAAACGAUGAUCCUUUCCGUAAAAUAAAAAAUGCCAAGUUUCGGAAAAAAAGUGCUGUAAAAAGCGGUGACCGUGCAACAUUUAAUCUGUUCCAAUAUCUUACUAAAACUUCUAAAGAGAAGAAAAAGGAAAUACAGUUUAAGUACCGCACUGUCUACAAAAGUGGAAAUCGUUCGCAUAAAAUUUGGAAGCCACGAGGAAAGACUAGAGAAGGCGGCAAAAGAAAAAAGUAUACCAAAUUAAAAAAAGCUAUCUUGAGCUACAGACGACAAAAAAGCCAAAAUCAACCUAAAAACGAUUUAAACGCCGAAUUAUUACAGGAAACUGUGCAUCUAAUUAAAUCUCUUUCCAUUGAUUCACAAGAAAAGGAAAAAGAAACACAGAAAGUGGCUGUUAGUAAUGAACUUGAGCCUACUCAUGAAUUAGUUAAAAGCAUCCACUCAAGGCGAUUCAGAAGUUAUUGCGAUAAUUGUACUACGCCUCUUUUGAUAGAACUUACUGAGCAACUUAUCCGCGAACUUGAUCGCUUUCAAAAACGUGCCGUAGCUCAAAAUGCAAUAAAAGCUCAUGCUCAUCGACGUUUCGUUGUAGGAUUUCGUGAGGCUAAUAAUUUUUUACUUGUAAAAAAGGUCAAAUUAAUAAUUAUUGCGCCAGACUGUGAAAAAUGUGAUGGCGAAGAUGGACUGGAUGAGAAGAUUUCUAACAUUAAAAAGCAGUGUCAACAGCAAAGUGUACCAUAUAUUUUCUCACUAAGACGUCGUCAAUUAGCAUACGCGUUGUUUAAAAAAGCGCCGGUUGGCUGUGUGGCGGUGCUUGAUUUCGAUGGGGCACGUGAAAUAUUUUUGAAAUUGUUGCAAGCAUUAGAAAUAGCCAGAAAAUCUUACGAAGAUCUUACUAAUAAAGUUAAAUGAAUAAUACCA